GUAUUACAAACUCCUUUUCAUACAAUAAUCCGGAAUCAUUCUUUAUAAUUAUUGUUUUGCAUAGUCAGGGCAUGAUACACCUGAUGGGCCAUUGUUGUGUCGCAAUAUUAGAAGACCUUUUUCUCGAUAUUUUAUUCAGCACGCUCAUAACGGCAAGUCGUGACUACAGGCACUAGAGGGAACUUGUGCUGUGCAAACAGGAUGGAAACACAAUUUGAGGUUGAAAUAUGUGUGGACUCCCUCGAAUCGGCUAUUAAUGCCAAAAAAGGAGGAGCGACAAGAAUUGAAUUGUGUUCCAGUCUGCUUGAUGGUGGUAUAACACCGAGCCUUGGAAUGUUCAAGGUGAUGAGGAAGAAAAUAGACAUUCCCAUAUUUGUCCUCAUUCGGCCACGUGGCGGGGAUUUUUACUAUGCUGAAAGUGAGAUUGAAAUAAUGGAAGAAGAUAUAUCAAUCUUAAAAGCCCAUGGUGCACAUGGUAUUGUUCUCGGCGCCUUGACUAGUGACGGAGCUGUCGACAGAGAGGCCUGCCAAAGGUUGAUUGAGGUGGCCAAUCCGCUGCCUGUAACAUUCCACAGAGCAUUUGACAUGACGAAGGAUGCAUUCCGAGCACUUGAAGACGUAAUUGCUCUGGGCUGCAAGCGCCUCCUUACAAGUGGACAGAGCAAAACAGUAGCUGACGGUCUCGAACUUCUGGGAAAGCUGUCAAAAAUGGCGCAGGGCAAGAUAAUCAUCAUGCCAGGAGGAGGCAUUAAUGAAGACAACCUAGAAGCUGUGCUUCGAAUUACGGGUACAAAAGCGUUCCAUUCAUCAGCAAGCAUUUCUGCAAAAUCGCAAAUGACAUUUAUCAAUGAGAAAGUCUCGAUGGGUUCAGGCAGCUCAGAGUACGCUUCGAAAGUGUGCAGUGCACGGAAGGUAGAAAACCUUGUGCAAAUCGCCAAGGGAUAUUUCCAUUCCGGGUAAAUGGUAUGAGCAUAUGUUGAAGCAGACAACACUCCAACUCAGACUCUUCCAACUCUUGUACUUGUGACAAUUAAAGGGUCCUCAUUUGUCAACAUA